GGACAACUGCACUUCAUUUGGUUGGACAUUUGACUCAUACUUUGAUUCUUUCGGCAAGGAAGCGAACGAUUUUAUUAAUAUUUAUUGCCGAGAAAGCAAAGUUUGGACGCCAGUAAUUAGUAUUGAGCGAGAAUAAGCAGAGCUUACACGUGUAUUCGUUCCUAAUUUACUUUAAAUAUCAAAAUAAACAACUUGUACAAGUUGAAAUUAAAGUGUUGAAGUGCAAAACCGGAGAGGAAAAUGGAAUUUGUGAAGAAAAUCCAACAAUUUAUCAGCUACUGGUACGUUCGUUACCUACUAGCGACCGAGCUGUACAUGGUGGACACAUGGGAGAAGGUUGUAAUGCAUAUCGUCUUCGGCAUAAUGUUCACGCUGUUCUGGUACUUCAACUACUCCAUCAUCAUGAGCGGCAUUGCCCAGCUGCGCAGCUCUACCGCACACGACGUGGAACAAAUCUUAUGAGCUACCAUCAACUAUAGCUAUGAACUGAAAUUGUUACUAAACUAUUAUUUGGAUAUGAUACUAUAAGUGUUAAAGAGUAGAUGACUGUAUUUAUUAUAAAGCGCUAGCAAACCCGGCGAACUCUGUUUCGCUACCACCGAUAUUCCUGUUUUCCUGCCUUUUCUCUUGAAAAUUUUCCUCACGGAGCCCGAGACGUUUCCAACGAAUGCGAAACCGUAGAAAUCGGUUGGUACGUUCUGGAGUUAUAGCGUCAGGAAGGAAAACCCGACUUAUUUUAAUAUAAUAGAUUUUAACCCUUAAAGGCUACCACACAGGCGCGUUAUUAUCGGUCGAUAAUAUCGCAUGCGUUAUUGCGAUAUCUGUUUUCAGUACAUUUUGUAUUAGGACGGUCAUGUAGUUACACACUGCUGCGAUAAUAACGCCGCAAGAAGUAGGACGUUGCGUUUCUCCGUCCUGCGAUAUUCUGAUAUAAGUUCUAGAAUGUUUUGUAUCAGAACGCAAAUACGUCAACGAUAGAGAUAAAAUUAAUUGGUGUUUAUAAUGUAUUUUUUAAUGAAAUAUAGUCAUCUACUCUUAGUAAUGUAUUUUAAGAAUAUUAAGUUAUUUUGCACAGUACACGUUUUUAUAUCUAGUUACUUAUGUAUAAUUAAAUGCUUAUUAUUAUAUAGAGAUAAAGUGUAUUUUCCAGCAUUUUUUUAUAAAUUUCAGUGGGUAAUUAGUUAGCAGAGAUUCCGAGAUUAUAUUCAAAUUACUUAAAUGUUUAUUUAUUUCACUAAGUAUGUAUUUAAAUUUGCAAAAAAAACAUCCGCAAUGCGUACCUCCUCAUUUUUUUAAGUCGGUAAGAACGUCAUACCUUGUAAAUAAAUUAAAGUAACUGAAUACAAUAUAAUAAUUUGUGUAAAUUAAAAAUCGGGUUUGUUUGACCCUGGGAGGUUAUUUUGACCCAAACAUAAUAUACGCUUUGUUCUAGAUUCCUAUUGGUUAUAGGAUUUAGAUCAAAAUUACCCCAGUGGGUCAAAAUAGCCCAAACUUAUACUUUAUACUCAUAAUAUGCAUCUUUGCACUUAGUAGCAAGACAGUCCCAAUGCCCACAAUACCAACAUUUGUCAUAGAACCGGGGCGAUGACGGGGUAUGAAAAUUAAAAAUGUAUUUAGUCCGUCAGUUAGGGAAUGAAAAAAUAUUAGACACGUUUAAUUAUUUUUCCAUUUUGUCAUAUACCUAAGAUAGCAAUACUUAGAUAAAACGUAUCAAAGUUUAGCAGUGGGAGCAAAUACGUCAAUUAUACGCAUAAAACGUACCUAGAAGUAACGUCACGUGAUGUUUCAAAUCAUUAUAUCCUAAAAGUAUUUAUUUACGUAAGAAAAUAAAAAAUACGUGUCUAAUAUUUUAAAAUAAUCUACAAUACGGACUUUAAAGUAAAAAUUAGUCGUCUAUCCUAUUAACUAAAUAAGUAUGCAUAACAUUUCGCCUUUUCAUCCCCAAAGGGGUAGUUAGAGGUGCACAUUUUACAAUUUCUAUAUAUUCCAUUAUUGUUUAAAAUUAAAUAAUUAUCUAGAUGUAUUGUGAUAACUAAGGGCACACAAGAGACUAUUAUCCUUUAUUCAUUGUACUGUUUCUUUCUUUGUUAUAAUAAAUUUGUUACCAAAUUAA